CAAUAUUUUUCACAACAAUUUUAUUGUUUACAUUUUUUCUGCAGAAUUAUUUACUUUAUUAUAUUAGCAAAAUAGUAAUAAUAAAUAUAAAUUUUUAAUUGUUCAAUAUAUUAAAAAUUGUAUUACAAUUAAAUGAGUCCUGCCAAGACUACGGGAGUUACACAAAUAAAAUCACAAAAAUGUCGCUGCUGUACAAAUCCAUCUUCCAAGUUUCUUGAAUUAGACUCGGCCAAUAAAAACUGCGGAACAGUUAAAACCUACAAAGAUGUUUUAUAUGAAAUAAUGAACAUUAAAGUCUCCCUUAAGCAGGAGAAAUGUUUGACACAAAAACUUUGCCAAAAAUGUUCCACACAAUUAAAUAAUUGCUAUAAAUUUAUAGCACAAGCUAGAGAAGUCUAUGAGCAGUAUUUGCAAACGUUGGAUGAAUUAGGUGAGCUAGUGGAUGAAGAGGAAAUUAAGGAUGAUUUUGAGAAUAUACCCGAACCGCUUAUAGAAGUUCCCAUUGAUUUGAUUAAUGUGGAGAAGAGUACUGAUCUUAUAACAAAAGAAAGUCCUUUGGCUACUGAGAGUAGUCCUUUGGCAGCUGAUGAAAUUAAAACAGAACCUUUAGCACUGGAAUGUGUGGCUAAAGCAGAAGAAUUUAUGAAUAUUGAUAACUUAGGUAAAGACAAAGAUAUUAAAGAAGAAAAACCCGAAUAUAUAGAUUAUAAUAAUAGUAACAAUGCUAAUAACGACAAAAAGGAUAAAAGAAAUGAUUUAACCCUAGAGCAAUUUACACCAGAACUCACAAUAGAUGCUGCUAUACAUGAGGAAGAAAGGGAACAUUUUGAUACAUUUAACUCUGAUUCAGAAGAUGAUGAGGAUGCUGAAGAUCCUAUUUCUGAGGAUGAUUUCGAUAAAGAUCUUUCUAAAGCGCCCAUAGCUAUAUCUUGUGAUAUUUGUCAUAAGAUCUAUAAAGAUAGAGUAGCACUAAGGACCCACAAACACUAUACGCACAUGCCCGAUGAAAAGAAACGACCAUGCCCCUUGUGUAGCUUCAAAUCUAGUCGUCUUUCCAAUUUAAAGGUACACAUUGGUGUUGUACAUGGAGCCGACAAGGUAAAGGAGAUUUUCAAGCCGGCCGAUGAUAAUGGUGUACAAUUUCCCUGCUCUAUUUGCCAACAAACAUUUCGUCGCAAAGACACUCUACAGAAACACAUCAAACGUAUUCACCAAAAUCCCCAGCCCAAGGAACCGCGCAUAAAGGCGAAAGUGCCCAAGGAAAAAGAACGUUUUCUCUGCACUUAUUGUGGUGGCUCAUUCCGCACGAAAUACGGCCUCAGUCGUCAUGUAGUUAUACAUACCGGCGAACGUCCGUUUCCCUGUGAAAUUUGUCAGAAAACCUUUAAACGUCCCGAGGAUUUACAUAUGCAUCGUAUAAUUCAUAGUGAUGCUAAGCCACAUCAAUGUUUACAAUGUGGCAAGGCAUUUAAACGUUCCGAUAAACUGAAAAUACACAUGAGAGUCCAUUCGGAAUUGCGUCCCUAUAAGUGCAAUGAAUGCGAGAAAACUUUCAAAUAUCCCAAUGUCUUAAGUACACACAUGCUUAUACAUACCGGUCAAAAUCCGUUUCAGUGUAAAACUUGUGGCGAAUCAUUUUCCUUAAGGUCAUCAUUUAAUACUCAUUGCUUAAGAAAUGGUCAUUUGUAAUGAGCUAGAGAAGAUGUGGGUGUUGUUAAGAGUUAAGAAUAAUU